UCCGUGAACAUGAUCUCCAUCCUCUCUCUGCCUUUGCCGGAGCUCUCCAAGAAACUCCGGGAUGGCUCCCUCCCUCCGGAGCAUGUCUUCUACGCCUACGUGGGCAAGGCCCUCCAAAUCGCCACAGAAACCAACUGCGUCACGGAGUAUCUGCAGGAAAGCGAGACCCAGCUCCGGAAAGCGAAGCUGCCAGGGAAGCUGGGCUUGCUCUACGGGGUGCCUGUCAGCAUCAAAGACUCCAUCGACUGCCAGGGCCAUGAUUCCACGUUAGGGUUUAUAAAAAACCUCAGUAAACCAGCGGCAGAGGACAGCGUGGUGGUGCAGGUGCUGAGGAGACAGGGGGCAAUUCCAUUUGUCAAAACCAACAUUCCCCAGUCCCUCAUCAGCUAUGACUGCAAGAACUUAAUCUUUGGUCAGACGUUCAAUCCUCUGCUCUAUACCAGAAGCCCCGGAGGCUCCUCUGGUGGAGAAGGGGCACUUGUAGGAGGAGGUGGGUCCAUCCUGGGCUUUGGGACGGAUGUAGGAGGAAGCCUGCGUUUCCCUGCUGCCUUCUGUGGGAUCUGUGCACUCAAACCCACCGGGAAUAGACUCAGUAAAAAAGGAAUUGCUUCUGGUGUCCUUGGGCAGAAGGCAGUGGUCGCAGCAGUGGGGCCGAUGGCAAAAGAUGUGGAGAGCCUGGCGCUGUGCAUGCGGGCACUCCUGUGCGAGGACAUGUUCAGCCUGGACAGCACAGUGCCUCCGCUUCCCUUCAAUGAAGAGGUGUAUUCCAGCACGCAGCCCCUCCGCAUAGGCUACUAUGAAACCGAUUUCUUCACCAUGCCGAGCCCUGCCAUGAGACGUGCCGUUCGGGAGACAAAGCAGCUGUUGGAGGACGCUGGCCAUACGCUGGUGCCCUUUGAACUCAUGAAUGUGGACUACAUGUUCUUUAACUUCUGCGUCAGGGGAAUGUUUGCAGAUGGGGGCACCACCCUUCUCAAGAAAUUCAAAGGGGAGCUGGAGAAAAGCAGCAUCGGGCUGUUCUUCUGGUUGGCAAAGUUACCAAAUUGGUUGAAAACUGUCCUCUCCUGGAUUGCCAAACCCUUCGUGCCUCGAUUUUCAGAUAUCGUAAGAAGUACGAGAGCAAACACAGUGGAAGAAGUCUGGAGUCUUCAUCAUGAAAUUGAGGAUUUUUGCCACCAGUUCAUUGCCCAGUGGAAAAAGCUGAAUCUGGAUGUCAUGCUUUGUCCCAUGCUGGGCCCGGCUCUCGGCAUCGGCUACCCGGGGAAGCUCUCAGUGGCAGUCACCUACACCAUGCUCUACAAUGCCUUGGACUUCCCCGUCGGCGUGGUUCCUGUCACGAUGGUGACGGACGAGGAUGAGGAGGAACUGAAGGGCUACCAGGGGUACUUUCGGGACUGGUGGGACCGGACCCUGGCAAAGCGUGGCAGCGGGGGCCUGCCGGUGGCUGUGCAGUGCGUGGCCUUGCCGUGGCAGGAGGAGCUGUGCCUCCGGUUCAUGAAGGAGGUGGAGACCCUCAUCCUGAAUAAAAACAGGCUCGUCUGA